GUUGGGUCUAAAUGAGCACCAUCAAAACGAAGUUAUUAAUUACAUGCGAUUUGCUCGUUCAAAGAGAGGUCUGAGGCUCAAAACUGUAGAUUCCUGCUUCCAAGACCUCAAGGAGAGCAGGCUGGUGGAGGAGACCUUCACCAUAGACGAAGUCUCUGAAGUCCUGAAUGGUUUGCAGGCUGUGGUUCACAGUGAGGUGGAGUCUGAGCUCAUCAAUACUGCCCACACCAAUGUGUUGCUUCUGCGGCAGCUAUUUGCACAAGCUGAGAAGUGGUACCUUAAGCUGCAGACAGAUAUCUCUGAACUUGAGAACAGAGAAUUAUUAGAACAAGUUGCAGAAUUUGAAAAAGCAGAAUUUAUAUCUUCAAAUAAAAAGCCUAUCAUAGAGAGCAUAAAGCCAAAACUUGUUCCACUUAACGAAGGUGGAACAGAACUCCUAAACAAGGAAAUUUCAAGACUUCAAGAAGAGAAUGAGAAAUUGAAGUCAAGGUUGAAGACCAUUGAAAUACAGGCCACAAAUGCAUUGGAUGAGAAGUCAAAACUAGAAAGAGCACUGCAAGAUUUACAGCUUGAUCAAGGAAAUCAAAAGGAUUUUAUAAAUGCCCAAGACUUAAGUGACUUGGAAAACACAGUUGCUGCUUUAAAGAGUGAGUUUCAGAAGACACUUAAUGACAAGACAGAAAACCAGAAGUCACUGGAGGAAAAUCUAGCAACAGCCAAGCACGAUCUGCUCAGGGUUCAGGAGCAGCUGAGAAUGGCUGAAAAGGAAUUAGAGAAGAAAUUUCAACAAACAGCAGCCUAUCGAAACAUGAAAGAGAUUCUUACCAAGAAGAAUGACCAAAUCAAAGACCUGAGGAAAAGACUGGCAAAAUAUGAACCUGAAGAUUAAAGUCUGAAGAUGCCAUCUGGAAGCUGCCACAACAUGAACAUAAAUGUCUCUCACCUCAGGCAUGUAUUUCAAAGCAUUCUGUCAUAUUCCCUCUCCUAUUUUUCUAAUAUUUAGACUUUGCUUCUAAUAUUUAGAAUUAGAAUUUUUCUUUUCAGUUGUCUUAAUUGAGAAUAGAGAAAACCUGGUGAUUCUGGCCAGUAGUCCUACACACCUGUCUGCCAAGUUCUCCAGCGUCCUAGUUGGAGGACGCUUAACAAUAAAGAAGAGAUUUUUAGAGUGGGAAGAAGAGUCUUAUCCUUUUGCAUUAGUAUAAAGAAUAUAUCUUUUUAGAAAUGUUAAAGAAGCU